GUGUGAAGCAGUGGAGACUUGGAGGUCGAGUUGUUCGGUCCUGUCAUUCCUGAGACUAUGGUAGACUGUGCGUCAGGGAGCCCUUCAUCAGCAGCUGUAGCCCUAGAGCAUGGAGAAGUCCAGCAGUGAGGAGUCAGCCAUUCACCGUAGCCCGUCUGUAGAUAGCCGUGACUCAGAUUUUGCCCAGGCGUCCACGUCUGGCCGCCCGUUUGGCGGCCGCGGCUUCACUGCCGGCGCUUUCUACGGCUCCACGGGGCCGCGCAAAAACGCACAGCAGGGGCAGGCUGGAGCGGCAGCUGACGCCAGCGCAGGAGACAAGACCAACACCAAGUACAGCUCCCCCAAAGGCAGCAAAUACGUAGUCUUUUACCUGGAUCUAUCCUUUGUGUUCCUUUUAGAAUUCAAGAAGUGCAACAUGGCAAGGGGCUGCCUCUGCUGCUUGAAGUAUAUGAUGUUCAUCUUCAAUCUCAUCUUUUGGUUAUGUGGCUGCGGGCUGCUCGGCGUGGGCAUCUGGCUCUCUGUGUCACAGGGCAGCUUCGCCACCUUCUCGCCCUCAUUCCCAUCACUGUCGGCUGCCAACAUGGUCAUUGCCAUCGGCGCCAUCGUCAUGGUAACGGGCUUCCUCGGUUGCCUUGGUGCCAUCAAGGAGAACAAGUGCCUGCUUCUGAGUUUCUUCAUUGUCCUGCUGAUAAUUCUCCUGGCAGAGCUGAUAUUGCUCAUCCUGUUCUUUGUGUACUCAGAUAAGGUGAGCGAGAAUGCCAAGCAGGAUCUGAAGGAUGGCCUGGCUCUCUAUAAUUCAGAAAACAACAUAGGUCUGCGAAAUGCCUGGAACAUCAUUCAGGCAGAGUGGAAGUGCUGCGGUGUGAUAUCGUACACCGACUGGCAUGACGCCCUAAAGGAGAAGGUUGUUCCUGACCGCUGCUGCCAGGAGCAUUACCAGAAUUGUGGGCGAAACUCCACAAACAUGUUCUGGAGCAGGCUCCUGGGCAUGGCGUUCUCCAUGACGCUGUUCCACCACAUCCACAGAACAGGGAAGAAGUACGACGCUUAG